GCUGCGGGAGCCCAGCGGCCGGGGGAAGGCAGCCCUCAGUCGGCCGCUGCCGCGGAGGGGGAAGCCGGGCACCGGCAGAGCCAUGAAGGACCGCCGGGGGGACCCGCGCCGCCGGGCGUGAACCGCAAGCUCGGCCGGCGGAGCCUCGGAGGAGGAGGAAAGGGGGGGGGAGGAAGGAUGAGCCGCAUGCUGCAGGAGGCGGCCCGGAGGGUGCAGUGGAGCCGGUCGAGCUCCGCCAAGAGGGCUGCGUGCCUGGUGGCAGCCGCCUACGGGCUCCGGCUCCUCUACCCCGUCAUCCGGCGGCGCCUGAGGCGGGCGGGCGGCGGGGCGGGCAAGCAAGAUGCCGGCCGGGGGGAGCCGCGGGGCGCCGGCUGCCCGGGCAGAGCCCCCCCGGCGGUGAACGCGGACUUCUUCAAGCAGCUGCUGGAGCUCCGCAAGCUGUUCUUCCCCAAGCUGGUGAGCGCCGAGCUGGGCUUGCUGUGCCUCCACUCCGUCGCGCUGGUUUCCAGGACCUUCCUCUCCAUCUAUGUGGCAGCGCUCGACGGGAAGAUCGUGAAGAGCAUCGUGGAGAAGGAGCCCAGGAGCUUCGUGGUCAAGUUGAUCAAAUGGCUGAUGAUCGCCAUCCCGGCCACUUUCGUGAACAGCACCAUACGGUACCUGGAGUGCAAGCUGGCCCUCGCCUUCCGCACGCGCCUGGUGCACCAUGCCUACGAGACCUACUUCACCAACCAGACCUACUACAAGGUGAUCAGCAUGGACGGGAGGCUGGCCAACCCCGACCAGUCCCUCACCGAGGACAUCAUGAUGUUCUCGCAGUCGGUGGCGCAUCUCUACUCCAACCUCACCAAGCCCAUCCUGGAUGUCAUGCUCACCUCCUACACCCUCAUCCGCACGGCGCGGUCCCGGGGCGCCAACCCCAUCGGGCCCACGGUCUUGGCUGGGCUCGUCGUCUACGCCACGGCCCGCGUGCUCAAAGCCUGCUCGCCCAAGUUCGGCAAGCUGGUGGCUGAGGAGGCGCACAAGAAGGGCUACCUGCGCUUCAUGCACUCACGCAUCAUUGCCAAUGUGGAAGAGAUCGCUUUCUACCGGGGGCACAAGGUAGAACUGAAACAACUGCAAAAAAGCUACAAGGCUUUGACAGAUCAAAUGAAUCUCAUUUUAUCCAAACGCUUGUGGUACAUCAUGAUAGAGCAGUUCCUGAUGAAGUAUGUCUGGAGUAGCUGUGGUAUGAUUAUGGUCGCUGUGCCCAUCAUCACUGCAACGGGAUUUGCGGAUGGCGAGAUUGAAGAUGGCCAGAAACAGGCAGUGGUUAGUGAAAGAACAGAAACUUUUACUACGUCACGAAACCUGUUGAUCUCUGCAGCAGAUGCUAUUGAAAGGAUCAUGUCUUCAUACAAAGAGGUUACUGAGUUAGCAGGAUACACAGCCCGUGUCUACAACAUGUUUGCUGUUUUCGACGAGGUGAAGAGAGGCAUCUACAAAAGAACUGCCGUUAUUCAAGAGUCUGAAAACAACAGUAAGAAUGGAGAUAAAACAGAAUUACACAUCAAUGGGCCCUUAGAAAUCAAGGGAAAAGUUAUUGAUGUUGAACAUGGAAUUAUUUGUGAAAAUGUUCCAAUUAUUACUCCGAAUGGCGAUGUGGUGGUUUCCAGACUAAACUUCAAAGUCGAGGAGGGCAUGAAUCUUUUAAUCACUGGUCCUAAUGGCUGUGGAAAGAGUUCGCUUUUCAGAAUUCUAAGUGGUUUGUGGCCUGUGUACGAAGGAGUUCUCUACAAACCGCCUCCACAGCACAUGUUUUAUAUACCACAAAGGCCCUACAUGUCCAUUGGAACACUACGUGAUCAGGUCAUCUAUCCAGACUCCGUGGAAGACAUGCAUGAGAAAGGCUACCAGGAUCAGGAUCUGGAGUGUAUCCUGCAAAUGGUUCAUCUGUACCACAUAGUUCAAAGAGAAGGAGGCUGGGAUGCCAUCACGGACUGGAAAGAUGUCCUAUCAGGAGGAGAAAAACAAAGGAUGGGCAUGGCUCGCAUGUUUUAUCAUAAGCCGAAAUAUGCACUGCUGGAUGAAUGCACAAGCGCGGUAAGCAUUGACGUUGAAGGAAAGAUAUUCCAAGCUGCAAAAGCUGCUGGGAUAUCCCUGCUUUCUAUAACACACAGACCUUCUCUUUGGAAGUACCACAGUCACUUGCUGCAGUUCGAUGGACAAGGAGGCUGGCGCUUCGAACAGCUGAACACGGCCGUCCGUCUAUCACUGAGUGAGGAAAAACAGAGACUGGAGUCCCAGCUUGCAGGAAUUCCCAAAAUGCAGCAGAGACUGAAUGAACUGUGUAAAAUGCUGGGAGAAGACUCAGUGCUUAAAAAAAUGGACAAAGAGGAAUAAAUAAUUUAUGUUUUAUGUUUUUAAAAGUAUUUUUUUAGUUAAAAGCAUUACAAGUUCAGACAUUAUCCUUUGCAUGCAUUGUGCUAGAGGCUUAGAGCAUAGAGAAACACAGCCAGCAAAAAAUAAUGCUCUGAAUGCUAUGUAGGACUUCAGCAUUUUAGUAUUAAGGAAGAACGCGGUUGAACUGUGAAAAGAAAAUAAGCAAGUGCACAGAGUAUGAGAUUAGUCCUUGCAGCUUAUGUUAAUUCCUAGUGAAAGCUCAAUUCACUGCAAAGAGCUACCAACACUCUUAGGUUUUGUAGGUGAGUUUUGGCCUGAGACUUGGCCUGCGGAAUGUGCUCUUGUACCAGGUCACUGUGUGCGUAUGAUAUGCCUGCUACACAGAGCGAACCUGGCAUGAAACUCAGGCAUGGAGCACGGCAGAGGCAGCAUCUGGGUGAGUAUGCGGAUGCGUGCAAAAGUCUCACUUGGGUAUAAGAAACAUUCUUUCGGCCCAUGUAAAACAAAACUCCUGUUCUACUACUGAGUCGCAUACACACCUUUACCUGCGUUUCCAUAGGAAAUACCGUAAUAGGCUGACCAGAAGGUGAUUUUCUAAGCAACCUACUGCCCUUGCAACAAGAGAAACAGGGAAAGAGCUGAAUAUGUAAUAUACAGGUGCUGUACUUGAUGCUGUUGUGCACAGCUUCGGAGGCUCUUUGCCCUUGGUGAUUUAUCGGCUCCUUCGGGGAAUUAUUUGUAUCCUGUUCAUAACCUCUGGGGGGGAAAUGUAGCACUGAGCCUGGCAUCAGGAGACUUUGUUUUGCUUGACUAAGUCUUUCUUCUGCUUCAGGGGCCUGAUCCAGCCACUGGAACUCUGACCCAGUUCCUCCAUUGGUAAAAUCACAGUGUAGGCACUGAGACACUUUGUGAUGGGAAGGACUGUGGGAGAGGAGAACGGUGGUUUCUAACAAUACACUGAAUUCUCAGGCAUGCCACUUAAAACGCUUGGCACUUACAAAGGGCUGUGAAAAGUUAGAGCAUUUUGUAACCACUAAUUGACGCCUGCCAUGUUUUGUUAGAGUGGGUGAGCACUGCUCUCCCUGUGGGCAAGCAAGAGAACGCAGCAGUUACAGCUCUGCUUCCAGGUGCGCUCACUGGUCGUGCCAGCUACUGCGCAGCUCAGUAGGAACGGUGUCCCCAGUCAGUCGGAAGGGCUCUAAACUGAAACUCCCUGAGACCUCAGAGCUGGCCUGAGUGCCUUACCGGAGGCCAAACCCAGUGAACUAGAAAUAAAGACGGGGAUGGAUGUAAGAGCUCCUGGUCUGCUCUCCCUGACUGCAAUCACGCUGCCUUUCUAGAUGAAAUGCUUGCCAUGGCCCAUUAGCUUCCUUAGCAGCAGCAUGUGCUGGGAUGGGGAUAUCACAGCUGCAAGAUGUACAGCUGACCUCUCCUCCUUCAUUGCUGGAAGCUGUUCAGAGACAGAUCAGGAGUGAAAGGCAGAGCAGGUAAAAGCCUUUGCAGGUAUUUCAUCUGCUGCAGGUGAAUGAGUGAGCCUUAGAAGAGAUACAGCACUCCUGAAGUUUGUUGGUUCCUUUUUUUCCUAGAAGAAGUACAAUUUCUUAGAUUUCUGAUGAUUGCUGCUUACUCUGAGGAAGGGUAGUGCACAACUGCUGAGAGAGGAGAAACGUGCUGGGGUAUUUGCUGAGCUGUGUUCAGAACUGAACGCUACAGACAGCUUUUCAUAGGAGAGCAGGAUUCACAUCUCAGAGUAGGCUCUCUUCCUUCUCACUGUGCGUGCUAGACUUGCUGCUUUGGCUGUUCCCCUAUGGCUCUUGCACCAGAACCUGGAAUACGUCUGGUCCCUGCCCUGCUCCUUCGGAGUCUGUGGCUUGAAUGCAACCCUGUACUUGUUCUGGUGACAGCUCUCAUUAGUUUUCUCUGCAGAGUCCCCUAGGACAUCUCACUGACACAGAAAGGAGUGCUCCUGGGAACCUCUGAAAGGGAUGAGAAAUUAAGGUUCAAAUAAUAAGCCGUUGUGCUGCAAAGUAGAGGCAAAGUACAAAGCACAGGUCAGCGAUGUGGUGGAUGCCAUGUGCGUGCGUUUUAAUCUGCAAGUGUCUCUGCUUGUCCCUCUCCCUGAAGGCUAGCUUUCCUCCUUCUCAUCUUCAAAGACAAAUUUGUAACUGCUGAGGAAAGAAGAAGUCAGCCAAGAAUCUGUUCUGGGUGAGCAUAAAUGAGAUGACUGAUGAUUUUAAGGCCUGUGUGUUCCUGAAUUAUGUUUCUCGAAUCAGGUGUGCGCUGUGUGCCUGCCCUUGCCACAGCUGCAGCAUACCUUUGUGCUAGCACAACCCAGCCACAAAACCACUUUUCCACAAGGUUCUCCCGAAGCAGGAGCUGAGGUGGAGGAAGGGGAACGACUGUUAUGCACUUUACCGUGUGGCUGGGAGCUUAACCAGGGUUGUCCCGUCCUUGAAUGAGGAGGACACUGAGAGGCACCGAACGAUUGGCCCAGUUCAGCAUAGCUCCCAGUUACAGCUCCCAGCCUCCCACCAAAGCUCAGCACCACAGCACUUGACUGGUUGGGAGCUGGUACUGGUGAGCACAGCCCCCCAAAAUCUGCUUUAUCGCCUUGCAGAGAUCAAGCUGGCCAUCUGCUCUGGCCCAGCAAAAACAAAAAAAUUUCUGAGGGAACUGCUUAGAAGGGGAAAGUUUUUGUUGGUCGUGUUGUUUGUUUUUAAUGAAGUUCUGCGUAAAAUGUACAUCAUGACUGAUGAGAUUUUAAUGGAAACUGAAAUUGCACUAGAAUCAAUGUAAUAGUAUUUUUCUUUGAGUUUGCUAUGUAUUUCUUGGAUCCAGUGGUAUUCUUGGCUGUCCCCAUUCAGUAAUAUGGUGUAAAAUAACCCAGCAUCUCACUCUGCAUUCUUGCAGGAACAAAAAGAACAUGAGAGCGCUGAUAGGAAAAUAAAACCCUUCCCUAAAUAGGAUUUGUCUGAGUAAUACCAAGCCAGUUUUAGAAGGAUUUUCCAUGCUGGUGAUUCAUUCCUCUUAAAGUUAGUUUUGUGGUUUGAAGAGAAGCUGCCCUGGAGAUUUUCUCUGCAAACGUCUGGCUUGUUCCAAAUGCUGAUUGAGACAGGAGCCUCUGGUUCUGUUUCUAGAGAGUUUUGCCUCUGGUGUGAUCAAGUGCAGCUCACUUUGUGCUCCUUUGGACAUGGCCAGGAAAGCAAGAGCAGAGGUGCGCGCUCCCCGCUCGGUGAAUGUCUCAGGUUGAUGCUCUUCUGCAGCCACGAUCGAGGGAGCACGGGGCUGUUGCAGUGCUCCCAGAGAGGGCCAGAGCAGGGCAGGAUGCCUCGGUGGAAUCCUUUUUCUUCGUACAAUGAGAGUUAUCCGUCAGCGUCUGUUCUCUUUCUGGCUUCCAGGAGCUGUGGCUCCCUGGGAAGCCAAGGAAGCGCCUUCUUGGCUUUCCUUCCAAGUGGUGCAUCUAGCUGGAGCUAGGCAGAUCCCACUCUCAGCAGGGAUGUGGUGUAGUGCUGGGUGUCUCCAGCCUCCCAGGGCAGCCUCUCAUGCCCCAGCACUCAGGGCAGACUGGGCUUGGCUGGGUCUGCAUCCUAGAAGGGUAAGGUGCUGAGCAAAACUCACACCAGUCUCAAUCAUGGAGUAACCGUACAAUAAAAACAUUAAGUAUCCACAUCAGUUCGUUCAGAUAAUGCUGGGAUUUUUUUUUUCUAGAGUCUUCAAAAUGGAAGGAAGCAUUUUCUGUGCAUGGGAUUUCAGUAUUUUAACCUAGGAAAAGUUUGUUUUUCGCUUAGUUUUGGUACCAGGCUAUUUCGUGUAUUAGAUUUGGCAGCUCUCCUUCUGCAGGAGUAGAAAAACGUAAGAAUCUUGAAAGGAUUUUUUUGAAACCAGUGGGAUCUGUAUUGAAGCGAGGAGUGAAGGACUGGGUAUUCGAUGGUGUACAUUUAGGGAAAGCUGCAAUAAAAAUGAUAUCCUAAAGCAAAUGAACAAACAGAUCUACAGGCCCCUCAGUAUGUCAGAAUCAUCAUAAUGCAUGUCAAAGCCAAGUUUAUGAGCCUAUGGUCAGAUUUCAGUCGUAUAUGGAAUGAAAUCACCCUACUGAGUCGUUCACACAGCUUGAGAGAACUGAACUGCUAAUCGAAUGUGUCUUUGUUUUGUUUGUUUGAUAUUAAUGCCUUUUUGAGAGCCGACAAUUUAUAAAGCAAUAAAUUAUGCUUUCCAGUUGUAAUUUAUUCCAACUUCAAAUAAAACAUGUUGCAUU